ACUAAAUUUACUAACUGAUGCAUUUUGGACAUGGUCCUAUAAUAUAUUUUUAUUAACUGUGUUAGUUUACAGAAUCGUUAUUUUCAAUUCUCCAUUUUAGUCAUUUGAUAAAUACUAUUUUUUCGGGCGUCAUUAUUUUUUAGCCCAAAUCAGGAGAAUUUGUGCAGAGGAAAACGACCCGCAGACGUUCCCUUGCUUGGCCGGCAGGGGGCGCUGGAGCUCCGCAGAUGCGGGUGCAAGGAGUCGCCUGUUGGUGAUGUUCUCGGGCAUGUGGCCCAGAGGAAAAGGGGGCAGUCUUCCUCUCUGACCGCUCGAUGAAAAAAAAGAAAGAAAACGACCGAGCAGCACAAGGGCCGAGUGAUGCACGACGGCAGCGGGGGAACGCGGCUGUACAGGCGGAAAAACAGGACUACUGGUACCGCCGAACAUGGAGCGUCGCCCCCUCUGCGGAAUAAACCCGGUGUACGCUGAUGUGGCCAGUCAGUGAGUUCGGAAAAAAAGCAAAAGCUUUGGCUUCUACUUUUGUUUUUUUGUGUCUUUUUCAACCGAUAAAAAACCCCUCACAUCUGCAAUGAUGCGGGCGGUGGACUGGAGACGAGCCGCUGCGGUUGUACUCUGCCUUUUCGGAUGCGUCGUCUCCGCAGCCGACGCCAAAACGUCCGCGGAGGGCUCUGCCGCGGAAGAGGUGACUCUGAAGGUUCACCUGAGCGAUGCCAGCACCCACCAACCCCUGGCAGGAGCCACUGUGCAGCUCUUCACCAACCACACUUCUGUAACCACGGAAACCUCAUCUCCCGAUGGCAACGCCUACCUGCGCUUCCCCUACCGCCUUGGGACACUGUUGGUCGUCACCGCUACCAAACAGGGAUAUGUGCCAAACUCUGUGCCCUGGACUCCCUCAAGAUUACCUGUAUUUUCCUCCAUCAGCCUGGACCUGCUACCAGAACGAGCUGCUACUCUGAUGGUGUAUGAAGAUGUUGUGGAGAUUGUUUCUGGCUUACAAGGUCUCCGCCCUCAGCCCAGUGUCCAUUUCCAGCGCAGAGCUCUGACACUUCCCCCCAACAUCUCCUACGCCAACCUAACUGCGCUGCUCACCGUGGCCAGCUCCCCCUCGCACAUCCAAUACUUUCCCCACCUGCAGGUCCUCAGCGGCAACGGCACAGGGACAGAGGAGAGGUUUGAGUUGACUCCUGUGGCGGCCAUCUCUGUUCACUUAUUGGCCGGCGACGGAGUGGAGCUGCAGGUGAACGAGCCAAUCGCAGUCUCCGUUCCCCUGCCGAUCGACAGUGGCCUGAAAGAAAAUGAUCACAUCCCCGCUUGGAGGUUUGACCCGCGCUUAGGUGCCUGGAUAAAGAGCAGUUGGGGUCAUGUGCAGCGGGACGGCAACCGGCUCAGUCUGACCUACAUCGCUCCUCAGCUGGGAUAUUGGGUGGCCGCCAUGUCUCCAAUACACUCAGGUCCAGUGUUUGCAAAGGACAUCAGCAUGUACCACACCGUAUUCCUGUUGGCUAUACUGGGAGGCAUGGCUCUCAUCCUGCUGUGCCUGCUCUGCCUGCUGCUGUACUACUGCAGGCGUCGUUGUUUGAAGCCUCGAGGCUCUCACCGCAAGCUCACACUUUCCUCUGGUCUAGACGGCAGUAGGAGGGACCAGGCCACCUCCAUGUCCCACAUGAACCUCAUCAGCAACGAGGUGCAGCUGGAACUCGUGUCCACGGCGACAGAGCCUGACAUGACCACACCAAUGCUGAAUCCUUCCUCAUAUGAGCACCAGGACAAUCAUCGCCAACACAGCCUGAUCCAUCACAGCAAACACAGCCGCUCCUCUCUCGGUAACAGCCACCACGGCUCAUCUCUCGGCAAUCUGACGCCUCGCAGCAGAGACUACCUGCAGUCCGCCGAGACGUUCCAACUGAAGCCUGCCCUCUCGUGCGGUACGGACAGAGGCUGCCGCCAAUCGUACACCUCCGUCUGCUCGUCCAGCAAUCCCGUUUCCGACGCGUCCGCCAAUCACGUGGCCGCUAACCACCUGAUCGGUGUGGGGAUCGUUGACUGCAUCUCCCCUUCCUCUCCUCCGCAUUCCCCCAGUAGAGGGGAGGGCUGUGAGUGCAGAGCUCCGGACUACCUUCUUUCCCGCUCUGUGGACCACCUGGAGCGUCCCAGCCCCCCGUUGCUCUCCCGGCCGGGCCAGCUGCUGUGCUGCGGCUCUGUGGACCUGCUGAGUGGAGGAGAGGGCUACCCGAGGGUGCGCCCUACGCUGGUGAUCCCGGCACACUACAUGCGCCUGCCCGGGGAGCACCCGCUGUCUGGUCAAGCCCUCCUGCUGCAGACGGAUCAGCAGAGUGACCUGGAGACCAUCCAGGCUGAGCUCAAUGCCUCUCAUUCCCAACAGCCCCUGGGACAAUCUCCCACUGACUGCGCCCCCUGUCCCAGCAAGCAGGGUGACGCAGAACGCCACGGCAUGUCAGAGUCCCUGUCGAUCCCGGCAGCGCUCGGGGAAACGGGCCUGGUGGAAAUCAACAGCGAGGACACCUUGUGGGCCGAAAAGACUUUAAUGGCGCUAAGAGGAGGGAAGCCUCUGCCUCACCCCCGGGCCUGGUUCGUGUCCCUUGACGGGCGCUCCAAUGCUCACAUCCGCCACUCCUACAUUGACCUGCAGCGGGCUGGGUGCCACAGCAACACGCCAAAUGGAGGCGGUCAGCAAGGUAACAGCAGUGGCGGGAGGCGCGGCGGGAGGCGCGGCCAAAGCAACGACGCCAGUCUGGACUCCGGUGUGGACCUGAACGAGCCAAGAGUGGGCCGCAGGGGUAGGGACGGGGGGCGGGUGGAGAGAGAGAUUGACCGGUCAAAAGGCCCGGCACUGGCCACGGCCUACACUCAGCUGGUGUACGUGGACGAUCUGGAACGGGGAGGCAGCGAGGAGGAGUCGCCACAGGCCGGUCCACAGGACAGUGUAGCAGGAUGCGCCCUGUUGCCCGACGCAGAGGGUCAGAGAGGGGACCAGGGCCCGGGUGAUGUGGAGGGGCUGCAAAUACAUGAGGAACCGCCCUCACUCUCCUCUUCAUCCCCUGCUUCUCCUCCUCCCCUGCCCACACCAGAGGGAGAGACGUUCAGGACCGUUCAUGCGCUGCUGUCGGUGUCUCCUGAUGACGAUGCUGCACAGGAGGAUGGAGAGGGGGAGAAGAAGAGUCCCUGGCAGAGGAGAGAGGAGCGCCCCCUGCUGUCCUUCAACAUAAAAUAACCACUUCAAGGAUGGGACCUUAUCUUGAAUAAAUAAAAUACUCACAUGCCCUUAUGCAAACUAAAAGUAUUUUUGGUUGCUGUAAUUGUUCCUCCUGUAAAAUACGGGUUCUUAUAGUCAUUAUUCUUUGCUUCAAUUCAUGCAUAGAGGCUUUUGCAGUCAAGUCAGAAUCUCUCCAAAUUACCAUAUUUUUUAAUGGAUAGAGGACUUUUUUAUGACUGAAAGUAUACCAGCUACAAGAAUAAAAGCAGAAAAAGUAAAAAAAAUCAAAACUACCUAAAACUAAAACCGAUGAACUCUUGGGUCAAAGUCGUACUUUAAAUUGAAUAAUAGUAACAUACUUUUUAUAAUGUCUCCGUUAAAGGAAUGUAUGUGUGCGCAAAUCAUUGCUAAAAAUGACGAACUAGCUUGGGAGUCAUGUUUUUACGUCUUCAGCUGUUCUUGCAUGGAUACACUGCAAAGGAAAAAAUGAGCACUGUCUGCUAUAUUUAAAUCCAUCUAUGAUAAGACAUCUACGCUGCAGUUGUAGACAGAAGGAACCAUUACAGAUACUAACAUUUUUGGAGAUAUGGGCACGUCAGAUUUGUUGUGAGAUUGAAUUGAAAGGAAUAUGAUCUUGUCCUUUAACCAUGAUGCGCCCCUCCCCCGGCUGCCCAGGCGAUAACGUGAAGGAUAGAACCAUUUAAAUUGUCUUUUUUUUUAAUGGAGCACUGAGACAACACUUCAGCACUGGGAUCUUUUUCUAUUCCAGAGUGUGACGGGCCGAUUCCGAUCCGUCAUGAACAUCAGCGAACACUUCAUGAAAUGACCACUUCGACAUCCUUACGACGCUUUACAUGAACUGACCACUCAUCAGGAAAAAUGUACAAAUUACCUGAGGGAGACAAAUAGACCUUGAGGGCAAGAGAUUUUAAUAUUUUAUGCACAACAAAUGUAUGCCUUUUUUAUAUAUAGCCUUGUAAUCGUAGAGGAGCUAUUGUAGAAACAUGAUGGGUGGAGAACUACAGGAACCCUUUUUCUCGAGCCAUAUUGGCCGGAGUCCUCUGACUGUAAAGAACACACUAAACCUUAGAUCAUAACCCUAAUUGUUUGUGGAGCAGCUGUGAAAAAUACAGCAAGGGAUUUUACUCUUUUUGACGUUUGUAAAGAUCUUCAAGCGUGUUUCUGCACCACAAUCAGGCCUGACACAAACAUGUGAAUUCUGUACUUUGAAUGGUUUUAAGUGUGUAGCUUGACGCGAGCCUGUCAGAAGGCUGUUUUGGGUGUUUACCCAAACACAGUGGGGUUUGGACUGAAGAAAUUAAACCACUAUCCGCACUGCAACAGAUAAUGUGACACACCACUAUGCUGGUGGGUAAGGAUGUAAUACCACUACAAAACUAGUUCCACCCAAAAUAGUUGUGAGGUGUGACAGAAUGAAGGGUUUUGUAAUUGUUGAACCACUGACUUGACAUAUUUUUGCUCUUAAGGCUGUUCAUCACUUUUAUACGGCUGCUUUGCCUCUUUUGUAAUAUUAAUCAGUGAUUUUCAAUUGCCAACGUGAAGUAUUUUAUCCUAAUAAUAGGCUGUUUUUAUUUCUAUUGAGUAUUUUAAGGGCUUUUUCCCCCCUCCCUCGCCUUAUUGUUAUACAGAGACAAACAUAACUGCUCUUCCCUGAAACCAAACUAUUUUUGCAUGCAAUGUUUCACCCUAUUUGUUUUUACCAUUUCCUCAUGUUCCAAGUGCCUUUGAACAACCUGUCGCUGCAUCAACUUUUUUUGAACACUAUUUAUUUCUCACCUUCUUUGGCCUUCAUCUUUUCUCCUCUACCUCAGCCCUCCCUCUUUCUCCCACUUUUGAAAGAAAGCAUGCAGUAAACUUUGCUCAACACUAGCGUAUGACAAGCUACACUGCAGACAUAUCCGAAAACGUCUACCAGCUCCUGCAAUCAUAAAAUCCUCCACAGUAAUCAGCAAGGCACCUGUCUGUGUAAUCAGUUCAGGAUUAACAAAAAAGUGUCAGUGUAGUAAGGGAUAAAUGAAGACAAGUGUGUGUGUGUGUGUGUGUGUGUGACUGAUGUGAAACUAAACAGCAGGUCAUUACGGUGUGUUUUUUUAGUUCUUUUUUUUUGUGCUUGUAGAGGAUGAAUGUUUCUUUCAAAUGAUUUUAGGUGUGCAAGGCUGGUGGUUGUAGUGUUCGUCUGCAAUGCUGCUGGCUGCCAGCUUGUGAUGUCAGACUGUGUGUACACGAAGAAGAGCUGAGAAAUAAUCAAGAUGCAUCCACUCGAGGCUCAUAUAGUCCCACAAUCAUAGAACAGUCUGUUUAGUUCUUUCCUUUCCUCUACCUGGUCAAAAUGAUGUGAGUUGGAGUUGUGAAUGGCCUCUUCACUCUUAGUGUCCCACACUAAAAUCCAGAGCUAGGUUGGGGUUGAAUUACAGCAUUCUGGGUGUGUUACUUGAUUACAUGCAUUAUAUUUAAAGCUUAUUAUUCAGAAUAAACCACCAAACUGG